AUGGAUCCCGCUAAGCUCACUGGCCAGGCUCUCCUCAGCCACACCAUCCAGACGACCCCCAUUAUCGACAAUCACGCACAUCCCCUUCUCGGCCUCGAUGCAAUUGGUCGUUAUCCUCUUCUCUCAAUCACGACCGAGGCUCACGGCGAUGCAAUCCACGCCUCGCUGACAAGUUUGGCUCACUUGCGCGCCGUCAAACAGCUCUCCAAGAUCCUUCGAUGCGAGCCGAGCUGGGAAGCCGUCGUGAAUGCCAUUGAGGCCAAACGCAUCGAAGACUACGAUGCCUGGGUUGCGGAAUGCCUCAAUGGCAUUGAAUCUGUUCUUGUCGACGAUGGGUUAGAUGGCGAAAACGCCGUCUACCCUUACACGUACUUCAGCGACCUCACCCGCAGCCCGGCCAAGCGGAUUGUGCGCAUCGAGAAGAUCGCAGCAGACAUAAUCAAUGACCAUCUCCCUACGGAUGAGUCUGCUCCGAGGACCGCCAAGGAUGCCGGCACCGUGUUUGAAAAGGCAUUGAAGGCCUUCGAUCACAGCAUCGUGGAGGCUAUAGCCGAUCCAGAAGUGGUUGGCUUCAAAUCUGUGAUUUGCUACCGCACUGGUCUCGGUAUUCCCAGGCGACCAGACGCCGCCGCGGCUCGCAAGGUCUUUGAGGAAAUUCAUGCUAACCAUACCAAAGGCACUGACAAGGCAUUCACCCGUGUCAAUCAUCGUGGGCUGAAUGAGUACCUGGUGCACAGACUGGCCUGCCUCAUCAGGAAUGCUGUAGGCUCUGGCAAGAAGCCGAUCCAGUUUCACACCGGCCUGGGCGACAACGACAUCACUCUCACCUCCGCGUCCCCGUCACAUCUACAGGAUUUCAUCCGCCAGUACCCUACCGUGCCCAUCGUGCUCCUCCACGCCAGUUACCCAUUCAUGCGGGAGGCUGGGUACUUGGCGUCUGUAUACGCCAACGUCUACGCUGACAUUGGCGAGAUAUUCCCAUUUCUUAGCCGGGACGGUCAGGAAACUGCUGUGCGGCAAGUCCUGGAGCUGUGCCCCUGGUCCAAGAUAUUAUGGAGUACCGAUGGGCAUUGGUUCCCAGAAACCUACCUCCUCGCCGUGCUUCAAGUGAGGGAGGUCUUGGAAAAGGUCAGCUCUGUAUUCCCCCGAUUCUCCCCGCAAACAGCUCACACGAUGCAGGUUCUGUGUGAAUACGCCCGUAAAGGGCACAUGACUUGGCGGGAAGCCACUCAACUUGUCAAGGACAUUCUCUUCAACAACGCCAAUCACGUAUACCACCUAGGGCUUGAGUUCAGCUUCGAUGAGACCAUUGUGAAUCCCAGGCGAUUGUCAGGGAGAACCGACCUCGACAUUCUCGAGGCUUUCCUGGAUGGGAAAAAGCCCCCCCAAUAUCUUCGUAUUUACUGGAACGACCUGACAGCAACACCGCGCGUUCGUGCGAUACCGAUGCGCAAGGUCCUGUCCGUAAUGAAUGAAGACGGCGACUUCUCCAUCAGUAUCACCAAAGCAAGUCUCGGGCUCCUGCAGAAUGACCACGUGGUCCCAGGAGCAUCCGGCACAGGAGAGUACCGCCUCCAUCCGGACUUUACCUCGCUUCAGGAGGGUCCAAGGGAGGGCCACAUCAGUGUCUUUGGCGAUUUCAGGGAGUACGACGGAUCUGCCGUACCAUUUUGCCCACGAUCUCUGCUUCAAAGGGUAAUCGAAAUCGCUGCUCGGCAUGGGUUGACUUUCAGCCUCGGGUUCGAGAUUGAGCUGGUUCUCCUCGAGCGCGUCGACAACUCCUUUGAGAAGUACAAAACACUCACCAACGAUGGACACGCGUGGUCGACCUCCCGCAUGAUGGAUCACCCAGUCUUUUCAAAGGUCAUCGAGAGGGCUGUCGCCGAGCUGGAUGCAGAUGGCAUCUACAUUGAACAAGUGCACCCCGAGAGUGCUGCAGGCCAGUUCGAGGUAAUCCUUCCGCAGGCUCCUCCCCUUGAAGCAGUCGACACCUUGCUGUACGUGCGCGAGGUCAUUUCAAGCAUCGCCACCGCCGAAGGCUACAGGAUGACUCUCCACCCCAAGCCAUUCCCGACAGCGUGCGGCACCGCAGCUCACGUGCACAUGUCAAUCGCCUCCGCCGCGGGCUCCAAGCCGGAGACAUACAACCCCUUUUACGCCGGUAUCCUGAGGCACCUCCGCGCCAUCACGGCCUUUACCUACAGCAACCCCGUCAGCUACGAGAGGGUCCAAGACGGGUGCUGGGCCGGCGGUCGGUGGGUGACGUGGGGUACCCAGAAUCGGGAGACGCCGUUGCGCAAGAUUGAGGGCAGCCAUUGGGAGGUCAAGUGCAUGGACGGCAUCGCGAACCCGUACCUCGCGCUCGCGGCGCUCCUGGGCGCGGGUACCCACGGCGUCAUUGAAGGCGAAAAGCUGACGUGGGGCGACUGCGAGGUCGACCCGGCCUCGUUGACGCCGAACGACCGCAAGGAGCUGGGCGUCGAGCAGAUGCUGCCUUCGGGUCUGCCCGAGGCGCUCAAAGCUCUGCGCGCGGACAAUGUCAUGAAUGAGCUGCUCGGGGAAGAUUUGGUGGAGAGGUAUAUCACGGUCAAGGAAGAGGAGAUGAAGAACUUGGAGACUAUUAGCAGCGAUGACCGGCGGCAGUGGAUCUUGGAGCGGUACUAA